AGAAGUCAGUGUGGCUUGAGUCGUGGCGGAGAGCAGGUGUGAGGGCUGCUCGCUGCUGCUGCACACGCGCAUCCCCGCCACACCUGCACCUCCCAAGCCUCGCCCACGGCCUGAAAAACGGUUCCCGUAGCGGUACGGCGACUUGUGUCCUGGUGCCCGUGUUCACUACUAAGUAAGUGUUACCCACAAUGAAAGAAGCAAGAAGCGACACACCCAAAAGUGCAGUGUUGUCGUCAGAGACACAAAGAAGAAGAAACAUUUGAUGCGGUCGUGUGUAGAAAAUAGAGAAGGAGAAAAAAAGUGACACCGUUAUUGUCUUUGUGUUGCGGAAGAGAAGCGGAGCAAAGCAAAGUGAGCAGAGAGAGAAGGCAGCAUGCGAGGGGGUGCAGGAAGCCCCUCCCAUGCCAGCAGUGGAGGUGGGGGUGCUGGAGGGGCUGAGGCUCUGGCACUGCCUUCCACCCCGUCCUCCUCCUCCUCCUCCUCCUCCUCCUCCUCCUUCAACAAAGUCCCUCCCUCCACAACAUCCACUUCCAUGCCUCCCAAGCACUCCACCUCCUCCUCUUCAUCCUCUCACCACCACCACAACCACCACAACCACCACCAUCACCAUCACCAUCAUCGCACCAAGCGAAAGCACACUGUGGUGUUUAAGUACUGCGAGGAGAUGAAUGAACUGAACGAGGCAGCCAACAACCGGCCACGCAGCGCCCUCAUCCACUCCAUCCAGCAAGAGAACAAACACAUUCGACAGCUACAGCAGGAAAACAAAGAAUUACGUCUAGCAUUAGAAGAGCACCAGAACGUCAUGGAGCUGAUCAUGUCCAAGUACCGACAACAAGUGGCCCAGCUGGUGACUGUCAACGCCCAGCCCACACAGCCCAGCACUCAGGAGCAAGCCAAGCUUGCAGCACAGAUUGAGAGGGUGAGCGAGAUGGUGGCAGUGAUGAGACAGGCGGCCUCCCUCAGCGAUGAUGAGUGUAACGAGCAGCAGAAGCUCAUCACAGCCCUCGCCACGGAGAACAAGGGCUUAAGAGAAAUGCUGAACAUUGCUAGUCGCUCUGGCUCCCUGCAGCCCCGCACCAGUGCUGUGGACGCCGGCACCCAGACUGGCCAGGACUCACCCAAGCCCGAGGAAGGCAGCUCACAAGACCCACAGGAGGACCAGUCAGCGUCGUUAGACUCUCACAAAACAUCAGUGUCAUGAUAAAACUUGAUGGAACUAAACAAAUUCUUGCCUUCUCCUCUUCUGCUUUUAAAGUUCAGAAGAUAUAAAACUUUUACCUUUACUUAGGCAAGCAAAGUGCCAAGAAUACUAUAUAUAUUAACAGUGAGUAAAUCCUGUCUGCCAAGGGGUGUCUGGAGCUUAUGAAUGAAGGUAGCCAGUGUAUCUGAGAGGAGCGAGAGUGAGUGUGUCAGUGUGUGUGAGCAUCAUAAGUUCAGCAUCCUGGUGUUGGUGGCAGCGUUACAGGGUCCGGCUUGCCUUUGUGUGGAGUGUCCUUGAUUUGGUUUGGAAAUGUGAGUAACUUCUUUUUACUAGCUAGCUUUCCUACACACAGUCAGUAGUUGUUUACUUUUCUUUUUGUGAUGGAACGACUGAAUGAUGAGACCAACUGUAAAUUUUGAAACAUGAUUUGUUGUAAGUUGUCUUGAGUUUGCUAAUACUUCAGAAGACCUGUGCGUCAGGCAGCGAGCCAUCCAUACCUGGCUGAUUAGGACUCGUCCCCUACUGUGGCCUAUGCCUGCCUUUCUCUCUCUUUCUCUCAUUGAUUUUUAUUUCUAUUUCCUACAUUAUUGAUAAUGAAAAUAAUCUUUUGAUCUGUACAUUUGUGAAGCUCCUUCUUUAGCUGUUAUCAUUAAAGUGUUUAUUUAGUAGAGAAAUGAUGGAUUAUUUAACUAAAGUGAGAAAAUCUAUAAUAUAGAAAAUUUUUAAUUUUAAUAAUUUAUAAUUUAUUUAUAUACUUGAAAUCUCCCUACAGCUUUAUUAUAAUUGAGCAUAGAGGCAUUGCAACCUCCAGGAAUACAUGAUGAAAGGAUGUGGGGUUGGUAAUAUUAUUAUUUUCCUUUGAAAACUAAUUUAUAAGCUGUUGCUGCCAGUUUUCUUCCCUCAAGCAAUACAGUUAGUACAUAAAGCUGUCCUGCUAGAUGCUGUAGGAGAGUGCAUUAAGUCAUCCACCAGUAAUGUCUCUGGUCCAGUAGUAUGUAAUGUUGAGGUACAAGGCAUGCAUGACCCCUAGGCGUGGUGUGGCUGUGUUUCCCUCGUCUAGGGUGGUAGUCACCUCUCUGUCAAACAUACCGAGUCUAACAGUAAUUGGAAAUUAUCUUGAUUCUGGUAUUUCUAAUUAGGAGUAAUAGAAUGCUGAAAUAGACAGAAUGGUAAUGCAUUAAUCAAAACAUGAAAGAUGCAUAAUGUUUGAUUUUUUUUUUUUCUGUUAAAGAAUUGAUGCAUAUUAAAUGAAAGGACUUUUGUCACAUUUUAUGCUAGUAAUGUAGUACAAGGCAGUUUACAGUCAACUUAGUAUUUAGUUUUCAUAUAUAGGACCAGUCUACAGUUACUCAGAAAACCUUGUAGUGUGUUUACAUGCAAAACUACUUGCAUAUCAUUGUUUCUAGAACACAUCACUGUUUGUUUAGCACAGAAAACAGAACAUUACCACACAUUCCUGUACCAACUGUGUCUCCUUCCAUAAUAGUGUAUGUACAUUGUGUGCGUGAUAGGACACACCCGUCACACGUGUGCAGCUCUUGCCAUCCUGACCUCUAAAACUUGCUUAUCAGAAAUUAAUAAUCUUUUAAAGUUGAAGAAAGGUCCUUCUAGUAUGAAUGAAAAGCUUUGUAAACAAAUGAUGGUUCUGAAGGAAGUUGGAGUAUCAUUAAACUUGUGCACAGAUUUGCCUUCGCCACCUUUGAUGUACUAUUUGUAUCAUAUUGCUGGCCCUGAAAAUUGCUCUUGAGAACUGCUCUAAAGUAUGAAGCUGUUUUAUAAUGAACUGUUCAGAAGGACUUCAGAUGUAAUAUUGACUUUAUAUAUUACCUCAAAAUCCAAGUGGUGAGUUGUACUAAGUGUGUUGACCACCAGCACCACUCAAGCAUGGCAAUCCCAGCAUGGAUUACACUGGAAGCACCUCUGCUGCUGAGCAUGAACAUGUGCUGAGGAAACUGUUAUGAAGAUGCAGAUUAAGAGUGUGGGUCUUGCAUGUGUGGAGGAGUGCUGAGCAAACUGUUCUCCAUGUGUUGUGAGACUGUGAACUUGAUGGUAUAACAAAAAAGUGCAACAUGGAAGAUUAUAAAAAAAUUAUUGUGCACUUGCUGAACAGGACAGGAAACCAUAUCACUGGAGCCCAUUUUUGUACAAGACCUGUGCAAGUCUUGGUGUGCCUCUAUUGUCUCUUCCUUUUAGCAGACUUGUCUAGACACAGUGAAACCAUGACACGGAAUUCCCUGUGAUUUUAUCGGCUGGAAUAAAAUAUAUUUAUGCAUAAUGUAUAAGGUGAUACUCUACAAUUGGCGCUGCAGAAACCUUGUACAUCUGGAGGCAAAUUUAGCCGCCUUUGGAAAAUCCUCGUCUUUCUUACAAAUUGCCGGACUUACCUGGUGAUUGGCCUCUUAUGAAUUAGUUUACAGCACAUAUUCUGCAUGGUACUACUUGGGAACUCGGACACAUUCUCCCACGAGCUCAAGACAAUGGCAAAUGUGUCUAGAGUACUACUUGAUCACGUCAUGUUUCAAUAAACCACAAUAUUUGAUGAA